ACGCGCCUACCCGAGCCGAGAGACUUCGCUUUGUCCGGAACAGGAGACAAGAGACUACAAGACACCUGUCAGAAGGCUGCAUAUCUUACACCAGCGUGCCCCGGGACUGCCAAUUCAACUGCCAUGGACGCACGGUCGCUAUAGCGGUCCACAUUUCUCUCGUGCUCUCGUCUUCAGCAGUCCUACCCUCUUCAUCUGCAUGUCUACUCCGCUGGGUCAACUCGCAGGUCUUCCCUUAGAAAUAAUGCACUCCAUCAACGAAAAAGACACUACUUACACCAAAAUAUUCGUCGGUGGACUACCUUACCAUACGAACGACGCUUCGCUUAGGAAAUAUUUUGAGACUUUUGGAGAUAUUGACGAAGCAGUGGUUAUAACAGACAAGCAGACGGGCAAGUCCAGAGGAUAUGGAUUUGUGACCAUGGUGGACAGAGGAGCAGCAGAGCGAGCCUGCAAAGAUGCAAACCCAAUCAUUGAUGGAAGAAAAGCCAAUGUGAACCUGGCCUACCUGGGAGCCAAACCACGAGCUCCACAGACAACAGGUCUCUCUGUUGGAGUGCAGCAGAUUCAUCCUUCGUGGGCUCAAAGACAAUACGGGCUGGCGCAGCAUUACCUGUACCCUCAGACCUUCGUCCAGCCCAGCCUCCUGCUCCAGUCCCCCCUGAGCUCCGUGCCCGCUCUCACCCCUCAGUACCUGGACUACUCAUCUGUCUACGCCCCCUACGUCCAGACGGCGGUAGACCAGUACCCCUACACGCCCUCUCCGUCGCCCUCUGCCGGUGGAUACCUUAGCUACGCUCUCUCCCCCGGGACCUCCGCCACUGCCCUCACUGCCCCCACGAACACCCCGAACGCCCUGCACCCUUCUCUGGCUGCGCUCGCUACGAUGUCUGCCCCCCCAGCCGCUUUCCUUCACUACCCCGUGCAUCAGCCGGAUCGCUUGCAGUAAAUGGAAGAACUUGAUGAUUUUUUUUAAAUGGAAAAAAGGAAAAAAAAAAAAAAGAACUGAUGCAACCUGUGACAUCAACUGAACGAGACAGUACAAGGAGGAGUGUGAUGCAUUCAAAGGGCUUCUCAUGUGCACUCUGAAUCUUUAUAAUGUCAAUGUUAAAAUACUUCAUGAAACUAUUAUGUUAUUUUCUGAAUGUGGUGCAAAGUGGUAGAGAUAUGACAUUUUAUUCUUUAUCCUUUUUCUGAAAUGAAACAUGUUAUGCUAAUUUAAGAUAUUAGAGAUUUUUUAUUCAUUCAUAUACAUGGACUUGUGGAAAAUAUGACAUAAACAACUGAAACUUGGAAGGGGCACUUGUUGGUUUGCCUGGAAAGUUUCACAGUAUGGCAUUAAACUUUUUUAUUCAAUUACCAUGUUGCAGGGAAUUAUAGGCCCAAACGUAAGCAAGGUUGUCUCUCCAUAAAUCUGACAUCCUGCUUGUCUCCUUGGAGAUCGAUAAGUUUAAUGCCAAAAUGGGGAACAUUCUGGGCAAAGCAGUAUUAUCUCCAUGGUGACAAAUAGGCAAAAAAGUUACCUAGUGCACCUUUAAAGUUACAAAGCAAUUAUUCAAAACAAAAAUCACAUAAAUGGCGCAAUUGCAAUGAGUACAUCCCUUUAAGUGAACUGUCUAUGGACUAUGAGACUUCGCCGUGUCCCUGUUUACUUGGUUGUUCUUUUUGACCGUUCAAAUCAAAUGAACGGUUAUAUUUAUUGUACUAUUAUUUCUGUCUUUUAUUCUGAGCUGGCAGGCUAUUACAGUACAAUGAUAAUCACAACGUAACUAAAUAUGCAAUUGUAAUGAAUAAUGCGGACUGAACCGGCUGAGGUAGACAGCACUGGUAUAUUCAUGUUUUAGUAAGUGUUUUAAUUAGUGUUUCAGCAUUAUUUUUGUUCCAUAACAGCUCAUAAUGCAAUGUAAUGAAUGCCUUUGGGUUUAACACUGCAUUGGAAAUUAUCCGGCUGCACAAAAAAGUCCAAAAAUGAUUGUUACUGCCAUAUGUCAAGAAACUAAACAUAUCAAAAUAUCAGCUGUUUAGGUACAUGUUUUAAUUACAGAGACAGAGGUGGAAAUAUGUUAAAUACGUAAUUAUUUAAUAUUUUAAAUGCCAAGUAGUUUUAUUUAAAAUACAGCCCUACAGUUAUGAUUCUUGCAUAAUUUGGUGUGUAAUGUAAGCUAUAUACUUACAGGUUCAAAAAGGAGUUGACAGAAGUAAACUUAAUUUAUUUGAGUCACUGUGUCAAAAGUUACAUUAUAAAUUGCUCAAAUUAUCAAACAGUGUUUUUUCUGACACUGUGCCCCCCUAUGGUAAAUGCAUAGAAAUGUACACUCAAAAAUAUGAGAUGACUUUGAAGAUGCACUAUGAAUCUUUUCUGAUGGGGUCUGCCCUCUGUUUAUCUCUAAGGAGAUGGUAUGGCUUUGCCUGGAAUGUUCCGCAGUAGGGAAUUUAACAGUUGUUUUUAUUUAAGGGAAAUAUAUAAAUUUUUACUGAAGGGGGCACGUCUCCACUAACCUGAUCUGUAACUUGGCCCGAUGGUGUUACCUACACGUCUCCUUAGCCACGAGUUUAAUGCCAUACUGUAGAACAUCUCUGUGGAGACAAGCAAAUGCUGUAACUUCUCUCAGAAAAGUUUAUGUGCCACCUUUUACAAGUGGAAUAUGUUGUGUUUUCUAUUUAAUUAUUUUAUGUUGAUCCAAAGCAAAUAUUUUAAGCAAAUCUUCAAAUAUCCAGAUUCAAAGAACAGGAAAUCUUUAAUUUAAAAAUGUUCAAUCAUUUAUUACAUUUCAUCAGAUGAAACAUGUAGUGUAGAUGGACUUGUACGCUGUAUUGACUUAGUGCUGUGUUUAGUGUGGACUGUGUGAAUGAAACAGAGUGCAGUGUACAGCAGUGUCAGGCCCUUUGUCCUUUGUUUCUCCAGCUGCAGAAAUACAACCAUUCAUUACAUUGAACUGUCAGAGUCACUGCCCAAAGCCAUCCGAGAGCCAUGUGUACAACCAAUAUGCAAAAUAAAAUCACUUCUUUUUAAAAACACUGGAAA